AAUAGUGGCGUUAAACUGGCAGUGUUUAUUUAUGUAGGGCAGAGUAGGGCAUCAGUCAGCUGUUUGGCAUUGAAUAUGCUGUCACUUUAUGUUGAUAAUCUACAUUUUGUGACACACAUUCAAAGUUCUCCCCUAAAAAACCUAGUGUGCUUCAUACUUCGAGAGCAUUAUAUUCUACUCGACUGUGAUGACCAAAAUGCAGCACACUACAGUAACGCCAAACACCUUUUAAAGGGAAAGUUCACUUAAAAAUCAAAAUUCUCUCAUCAUUUACUCACCCCCAGGGCUGGCCCAGACUCUGUUGGCCUCCUAGGUGAGAUUUUAGAUAGCAUAGAAACAGACUGUAUCAGCUUACUGACAUUUUGUUUUUUUGUGGAUUUUCUCCCCAAUUUGGAAUGCCCAAUUUCCAAUGCACUCUAAGUCCUCAUGGUGGUGUAGUGACUCGCCUCUAUCCGGGUGGUGGAGGACAAAUCUCAGUUGCCUCGGCAUCAAUCCACACAUCUUAUCACGUGGCGUGUUGAGCAGAUACCAUGGAGACAUGGCGCAUGUGGAGGCCCACGCUACUCUCUGCGGCAUCCACGCACAACUCACCACACGCCCCACCGAGAGCGAGAACCACAUUAUAGUGACCACGAGGAGGUUACCCCAACUCUACCACCCUUGCAACCGGGCCAAUUGGUUGCAAAGGAAGCCUGACUGGAGUCACUCAGCACGCUCUGGAUUCGAACUUGCGGCUCCAGGUGUGGUUGUCAGCGUCUUUACUCGCUGAGCUACCCAGGCCCCAGCUUACUGACAUUUUGAAUGCUGCUGAGGAUGUCAUACCAGACAACUGAGCAGAUAGAAAAACGAAAGGAUCCAAUUUCCUCUGCUAAAGAUUGAGCCUCAAUUCUUAUGGCAGGAUCUGUUGAAUUUUCUUUUACCUCCAGUAGUGCUUCUCUCACUUGUGGGGUCUGGUACCUAAUGGCUUCUAUGCUGUUCACAUGGCUCUCCCACCUGGUCUCUGACCAUGACUUUAACGUGAUCUUGACAUGGCUUUUCAAGACAGACCAUCUCUGGGUGGAAAAUGAGAACAGGGUGAACAGGGUGAACAUCUACUGCAGGUAGCCAAAAUAACUAGUAGCAUCUUUGGAGCUUCGUGCAGCGUCGGCCACCACCAAGUUCAAGCUGAGGAAAGAAUGUUCUCUGACUGAGCUGAUGGACCAUGAGAGCUGCAUGGUGAAGCAGAUCAGAUCUCUGGACAGUGACAUGCAAACCCUGGUUUAUGAAAACUACAAUAAGUUCAUCUCGGCCACAGACACAAUCCGAAAAAUGAAGAAUGACUUCAAGAAGAUGGAAGAUGAGAUGGACUGUUUGUCUGCAAACAUGGCCGCCAUCACAGAGUUUAGUGCCUGCAUUAGUGGGACACUGCAUGACCAACAUGCACAGAUCACCAAACUGUCAGGUGUUCACACACUCCUCCGUAAGCUGCAGUUCCUGUUUGAGCUGCCAGCAAGGCUCAACAAGUGUCUGGAGCUGCAGGCCUAUGCUCAGGCAGUGAGCGCCCACCGUAAGGCGCGCUGUGUACUGCAGCAAUACAGUCAUAUGCCCUCUUUCAGGGGCAUACAGGAUGAUUGCCAUGUCAUUAUGGAGCAGCUUGCUCAGCAGUUGCGGCAGAAAUUCAGGGAUGGUGGUUCAAGUGCUAAGGAUCUCUCAGAAUGUGUUGAGCUGCUUCUGCAGUUAGACGAGCCAGCGGAGGAGCUUUGUGACAAAUUCCUUAGCCAUGCCCAGUCCAGGUUGGAGGCGGACCUCCAUGGAUUGGAGGUGGAGCUUAAAGACUCAACAGUUACUGAUACGGGUGGAAACUUUGCCCAAAAAACAAGUCCUGGAUCAAAUCCUGUCUCUCCAUCUAACACCUCUGUGUUCAAUCCUUUCCUCUCCCCUGCUGCCGGAACAGACAUUCUAGAGUUCGUAGAUCGAGGCUGUAAUGAGUUUGUUAGUAACCUCUGUUUGGUUAUUGCCUCCUAUCAAGAAUUGUUCAUCAACCGUCCACAGGAGGGUGAAUUAGCUUCUAAGAACAUUCCUGAGAUGGCUAAUGGCAAGCUACAUGUAUUUGUGGACACCCUGGCUGCUAGAUAUUUCUCUUUAGUGGAACGAAGGAUACAGGAAGAAAAGGGGGUGGGAGACAACUCUCUAUUAGUGAGAGCUCUGGACCGCUUCCAUCGCAGAUUACAGGCCAUAUCUAAACUACUUCCAGGGUCAGCGGUGCCCAGCCAAGGAACUGAGAUUGUGGUGCAGGCAGCAAGAGAGAGAAUCAAACAGUACCUGUCUGCCUUACAAACCUUUUACCAUGACAGCCUUACUGAUGUAAGACAAGCUUUGGCUGCCCCACGCCAAUCAGUGGGUGGGACCAGCACAUCUGGAGGAGGGGCUACAAGUAAAGAUGCCUCACCCAGUCUGCCAGAUCUGCUGACCUCCUUGUCUAACUUUAUUCUCAAUCAGUUAAAGUCUGUAUUAGCCUCAGUGCACCUUUUCACAGCAAAGGACAUCACGUUCUCCAACAAGCCUUAUUUCAAGGGUGAGUUUUGCAGUCAGGGUGUGCGUGAGGGUCUGGUGGUGAGCUUUAUUAAGUUUAUUUGCCAGUCAUCUCGGCAGUAUUGUGAAAGUGCUGGCGACAGAGGUGGCUCCACCCCCCCUGCUCUCCUUCUGUUGCUCUCUCGUCUCUGUCUGGACUAUGAGACCUCCACCAUCUCAUACAUCCUAACGCUCACAGAUGAACAAUUUCUAGUACAGCACCACACUCCAGUGACUCCAGUUACAGCACUUUGUGCAGAGGCCAGAGAGGCUGCACAAAAAUUAUUGAACCACUAUGUUAAGGUUCAGGGAUUAAUCAUCUCUCAGAUGCUGAGGAAGAGCGUGGAAACGAGAGACUGGGUGAACACCAUAGAACCUCGAAAUGUCCGAGCUGUAAUGAAGAGAGUAGUGGAAGAUACCACCUCUAUUGAUGUACAGGUUGGACUGCUUUAUGAGGAGGGGGUGCGGAAAGCUCACAGCAGUGACUCCAGCAAACGUACCUUCUCUGUGUAUAGUAGUUCAAGACAGCAGAUUCGCUAUGCACCAAGCUACACUCCCAGUGCUCCAAUGGACACAAACUUGCUAAGUAACAUUCACAAGCUAUUUUCUGAGAGGAUUGACAUCUUUAGCCCAGUGGAGUUUAACAAGGUCUCGGUGCAAACCGGCAUCAUUAAGAUAAGUCUGAAGACAUUCCUUGAAUGUGUCCGUCUCCGUACGUUUGGCCGUUACGGACUGCAGCAAAUCCAGGUGGAUUGCCACUACCUGCAGAUGUACCUGUGGCGGUUUGUGUCUGAUGAGAACUUGGUGCAUUUCCUGUUGGAUGAGAUUGUGGGUAGUGCCGCCCACCGUUGUCUGGACCCCUCUCCAAUGGAGCAAAGUGUCAUUGAGGUCAUCUGUGAGAGGGGGUAGAGAGGAACAAAGAUUACCUUUGACAGCCUUUUACCAGUUAGGGUUGAAGUGUUGUUUACAAACCAAUUUGUAGAUUACUUGAAAUUCAACUUAGUUGGUGACCUAUUCAUAUAUUGACAGUUUUCAUGUGAUUGAUAAUGAGUAUUAAAAUCAAUUUCAGUUGCUUGUACAAAUUAAACCGACAUCCGAUUAAUCCAGAUUAAUGUCAUUUUUGGGAUCUGAGUUUAAAUUAAUCUUCUGAAGUGGCUGGACUGAGAUUGGAGUGAACAUAUUUUAACCUUUGUUUGAGUAUGACUUCAAAGGAAGCUAAGCCUUUGGGUGUGGACAUUUUGUAUUAGGUGCUAAAGUGAAAUAUUAUGGCUUCUUGUACACAAAAUAGCAUUAGAAGUAAAAGACAACCCACUUAUUUAAAACGUCAAAUCACUGUCUAUCUUAAAGGAAUAUUCCGGGUUCAAUACAAGUUAAGAUCAAUCAACAGCAUUUGUGGCAUAAAAUUGAUUACCACAACAACAAAAUAAUAAUAAUAAUAUAUAUAUAUAUACAUUUCGACUCACUUCUCCUUUUCUUAAAAAACAAAAAACAAAAAAAAACAGUGGGCACAAUGGAAGUGAAUGGAGUAAAUUCAAAAGUACUUUUGAAACAGUGAGUAUUUUAACGUUAAACAAUUAGCCCCCAUUCACUUCCAUUGUGAGUCCCUCACUGUAACCCAGAUUUUUGCUUUUUUUUUUUUAAAGAAAAGGAGGGACGAGUGGUAGUAAUUAUUUGUGGUUGCCACAAAUGCUGUUGAUUGAGCUUAACUUGUAUUGAACCUGCAAUAUUCCUUUAAUGCAUGAAAGGUAAGAUGAUCUGUCUAUAAAAAUAAAAACAGUAAAUUAAAAUCUUUUUUUUUUCAUUGUUGAAUCAUGAGAUGGCUGUAUGACUGUAAAUAUUGGAUGUUAUGUAUUUAAUAAACAUAAUACACAAUAAAAA